AGCUAUAAUACAAUAUGCAAUUCUUCAAGAUCUCACUGCUCUUUGCUCUCGCAAUCCAAGCCAUGGCUGCAAAGGACGAUCAGUCAACAGGAACAACCAAUAUUCGCCAGAGUGUUUCUCCCAGACCUCGCCAAUUCCGCAUGGAUGUCUAUCCUCAGUCAAAUCUCAAAGGAACACCACAGCAUAUGGUUUCCAACAAUGGAGUUACAUCUCCUUGCUGGAAUUUGGACUCAAAGCACAUCCGGUCUUUGGUUGUAAAUGAUCCUAUGAUCAAAAUCACAUUCUACAGAUCUUCUGAUUGCCGUGGUGCUUCUUCAAAAACCAUUCGUUCCACGCGUGCUCACGACGGUGCCCAGAAUCUAUCCCUCAAAGCAGGUUCUGUCAAGAUCGUUAAACUCCAACAACUUGUCGUAACUGACAAGUAAAGAACCAAUAAUAAUAUGAGAAUAAUCUAUGCAUUACAUAAACCCUUACGCACUUAUAUAUAACAAAAAAACAACAGCAACAACAUUUGUAUACACCCACCCACACGCCCUAUUAUUGAUUUCUUUUCUAUAAGAACCUCUUUACUUUUACAUACUUACUUAUUUACUUAUAAAUAUAAUUACGCCACUUAUUUAUUGAUUUCCUUGAUUUACUUGAUUCAAAAAUAAAUAUAUUUAUCUAC